AUGUUCCAACUAUUGCCAGUCCUUAUAGCUUAUGCCCUUCUCGUCGGUUGCUCAAUCGCCCAGCAGUACCCGCCACCUGUCACCUACGAUACCAUCCUCAAGUCACCAGUCAAUCCCAAAAUCACCAUCUCCUAUAAGCGACCCGAUCCUGGCACCUGCAAUACUGCCUUCGAUACCCAGAAACAAUAUUCGGGCUAUGUAAACCUUCCUCCCUUCACUCUCGAGCCCUACCAACAGAACUAUUCUAUCAACACCUUCUUUUGGUUCUUCGAAUCUCGCACUAGCCCCGAAACGGCGCCCCUCGCCCUCUGGAUCAAUGGCGGUCCCGGGUCUUCCAGCAUGAUCGGCCUCUUUCAGGAACUGGGUCCUUGCGAAGUUGUUCCGUUAGAAAAUGGCAGCUACGGCACACAGUCAAGACUCUGGGGCUGGGACCGUAGCGCUAACUUGCUCUUCAUCGACCAGCCCACCCAGACCGGCUUCUCCUACGAUGAACGCGUCAAUGCGUCGAUUGAUUUCAAGGAACAUUUUCCCUUCCAGUACGAAAGCCGUCUAAAACCUCAACCCCUCCCGGCUGGCGUCCCGUCGUGGCGUUUCAUUAACGGUACUUUCGCUUCUGGCCAUCAAAACAAUACGCAAGACUCGACAGCCAUUGCAGCAAGGGCAUGCUGGCACUUCCUUCAAGGUUUCCUGUCGGCAUUUCCUCAGUACAACCCGGGGACACAUCCAAACAGCACAGAUGUUGAGUCCGCUGGCGUAAACCUAUUCGCGGAGAGCUACGGUGGCAUCUACGGUCCUGCCUUUGCCAAUUUCUUUGAGGACCAAAAUGAUCGACGCAAAAACGGUUCCUUGCCUGCAAACACGUUGGAGAUUCAGCUCGAGUCAAUUGGCAUCGUCAAUGGCAUGAUGGAUCUUUUGAUCCAGACCAUCGCUGUUGCCAACUUCACGCACAGCAAUAGCUACGGCAUAGAAGCGAUCGACCUCGUCAAGUUCCAAAAUUACAUCUCACACAUCAACUCUGAUGACGGAUGCCGAGGUCUCGUUGCGCAGUGUCGCAGCAGGAUGGCGAUCACUGACCCUGAAGGAUCCGGUCGUGACGAGGAUACUGAUUAUCUCUGUGCAAAGGCCCAAAAUGCCUGCAACCUGAUCGCUGCGCCUCUCUAUGCCUAUACCGACAAGAGCGUGUACGACAUCCGCUUCAGGCCAGAAGUUAGUCCUGGUGAUGCUUAUGAGGUGUAUUUGAACACUGCCGAUGUAUUAAAGUCCAUCGGCGCGCAAGUCAACUUCACACAGAGCAGCAUGGCGGUAAUGGAGGCGUUCUCGAGUACUGGCGAUUCGGUCCGUGGGACUCAGCUGAGCUCUCUAGCGGAACUUCUCGCUCGUGGCGUGCGUGUAGCAUUCAUCUAUGGCGAUGCCGACAUCAUUUGCAACUGGUACGGAGGACAAAAUGCUUCUCUCGAGCUUGCCCGUCUCGUUCCAGGCUACAGCAAGGCUUUUCCAGCAGCCGGGUAUGCGGAUAUCGCUGUCAACAACUCAUACGUCGGUGGGCAUGUUCGUCAGUACGGAAACCUUUCAUUCUCUCGGAUAUAUGAUGCUGGCCACCUCGUACCAUAUUAUCAGCCGGAGACCGCAUUCACUGUUUUCACGCGCAUCAUCAAAGGCCACGACAUUGGCAUGGGCCGAGACAUCGAUCUGUCAACGUUCAGCACGCAAGGUCCUCGUAAUUCACAGCACUCAAAUAAGAAGCCUGAUGAGCCUACGACGACCUGCUGGCUCCGAGACAGCCAAAACACCUGUACCGAAGAGCAAAUAGAUGCCAUCAACCGGGGCCAGGGUGUAGUCAAGGACGGUGUUUGGAUUCGCGAAGACGAUACUGCAAGUUGGAGUGAUCCACAACACGGUCCAGUCAUCGUCACAACAAAGUCCACGACAAAGUCCUCGCCAACCACCUCAAGAUUACUGACUGGCGUAUACACCGCGAGUGGCACACCAACACCGGCACCGACAUCUGGAUCACCACGCAGGGCGAGUACCCUUUUCCGCCUCCCACGUCGGGCUGUCGAUCCCUAUGAACCGAGAGAGACAGAAAAAGAAGAGAAAAGAUCUCAGAAAACAAGAAAUGGAUUAGUUGGCGGGCUGGCCGCUGCCGGUGCUUUGUUACUGACCCUACUUGCUACACUAUGCUGCUGCUGUUGCCUCAGACGCCGAGAGUUCAAGGAUCGCACGCUUCCUGAUGACACAGAAAAGGGUCCAACGGGCGUGACACGGAAUCGCGGGGAUCCUGUGCCAUCGCGUCACCCAACAACUAUGGAGCCUAUCUCUGAGACGAGUUCUGGACCUAGCAAAGAUGCAGUGCCUGUUCAGCGUUCAGUAUCCAUAUCCUCAUCUACACCAACGCGAGGACCGACGUUUGUUCCCUCUCCAUCUAAGCCGAACCCGAUGCCCACACACCCGCGAGAGUCUACUCCGCCUCGAGAGCCUCCGCGUGAAGCAACGGCUCCUGUAUCAAAGCCAGACUCUCAACCAGAACCUGGACCAGCGUCUCGCAAGCCGUCACGCGUGAAGCAUGACGAGGAGACUGUCCCGGAUCGGGAAUCAACACCACCCCCGCGAGUUGCUACUCAGCAUCUACCCCCUCGAGCGCCGACUGCGCCUGUGCCCACAGAGGCGGGGGAGUCAUUUAAGUAG